AUGUCUGAUCUGCAAUAUGGAUUGAACACAUCUGUGGGUUUCAUCUUCGAUGGGGUUGCACUCUCCGUCAUGCUUUACGGGAUCACAUUGGGUCAGGUCACGUACUACUUCAAGACUUACCAAGAAGACCCGCCACAAAUGCGGCUCAUGGUGGCCAUACUGCUUGGGUGCGAGACGGUCAAAGUUGCGAUGAAUGUCAAGCUCUUCUGGUUGUCUUUGAUUCUGCACCGCGCCGACAACUUUUCCUUCAUUCGCACCCUUACCAUUCAGACCGUCUUUUCUUACGUCGUCAUGUUCAUCGUUCAAUGUUUCUACAUUUUCAAUAUCAAAAUAAUUCUCGCCCGCAAAUGGUACUGUCGACCGGUCAUCUACUUCGCGGUAUUGCUCUCUGUGGGGUCGCUCGUGAUCGGAUGUACAAUGGUCAACUAUGAAGCAUAUAACCAUCCGGUCAACGCCUUUGACGUCGCUGGCCAAACACAGAUGUUCGCGCUGUCGUCCCCGAUUGUCACGCAGGCUGCGGACGUCUGGAUCGCUGCAUCCCUGUGCUACGGACUAUACGGCGCGAGAAGCGGGUACGAUGCCACACGGAACAUCUUGGUCCGACUGAUCAUGUACACCGCGAAUCGCAGUCUUCUACUAUGUCUCCUCCAAGCCAUCCAGGUCGUCAUCUGGUCGCUGCCCGUCAGCUCCGUCCACGGAGCGACCUCGCUCAUCUACUUUCCCCAGAGUGCCGUCUAUCUCAGUAGUGCACUGGCCAUGCUGAACGUGCGCCGACAUAUUCGGUCUCGGAAGACGUUCGAGAGGACUGUUACGAGGCGAGUGGUGGCGUUGCGACUUACCUGCGAGGAACCGUCCGCGGCCAAUAACCUCACGGGUAUCGGUGAGGUCUAG